AGUAAAAAAAAUAGUAAGGGGGAGGAUUUCGAUGACAAUCGGUUGCAUCACAUUGGAAAUGCGAUACGAAAUGAUUGCCAGAUCAGAAAGAUAAGUGACACUGCAGAUCAAGUGGUAUAGGUAGUGGAACUUCUUGGGACGAGUGGUGUAUAGUAUAGAAGGAGCUGAAAGAGGGUGAUAGGAGGGAACUCGUGAACCUUCAAAAAAAGACGAGGGGUGUGGGGGUUUGGAAACGAUAGCGACAUGGAUGGUGGCGACGGCAGUGGGCGAACGUUGUGGUUCGAAGGGAUGAAACAUCCGUGUGGAGGUGGUUUUCAGAAGGUUAGGUAGGGGUUGGUUGGUUGGAUGGUUUGCGUGGUGGAAAUGCGCGUCAGUCGAGGCCGCGAGGCUCAGUGUUUGAGAACGCGGCAUCGCGAUGCGUUCGGUUCGCCUCUCCUCGUGUCUUUUAUCAAGUCCACGAUUUUUCUCUCGUCCCCACAUCAUCCCCUCGCACAUUGUCCCCCCAAAGGAAUUACAUUAACUAAAUGAAUCAAUACUCGAUUUAAUCUCUCGUGGUGAAGGAAAGGAAAGGAAAAAAAAAAUUCCGUUUGAUGUUAUUCUCUCGUUUUCGAAGUGAUAUGUAGUGUGUGGUGUGUAAAUAUUUCCGGAAAGUGACAAUGGCACCGGAUAGGGCCAUGCGGUAAGUGUGAAAGAGAGGAGGUUCGAGAUAAGGAAUUCCAAAUGGAUCCGUAUGGCUGGAAUUCUCAAGGUCACAUCGGAGCGCCACCUCCAUCGAGAUGUUGGGAGCGAUCGUGCAGAUCGACGGAUCCAUCGCCCAUGCGGCCGAUCGAGCACAGCAUGCGAUCCACGGAAGCAAUGCGUUCCAUGGAGUCGAUGCGUUCAAAUGAUUCGAUGAAUCGUCAGCAUGGCGAUCCAUCGAUUCACUCGAUGGAAAUGAUGAGGCCCAGUAUGGAGCAUCGUCAGUCGAGAUCAAUUGAGUCGAUACGAUCUAUAGAUCAUGGCCGACCGACAAUGGAUCAUCCUCGAUCAAUGGACCCGCCUAGCUCGUCGGCGAGCAUGAGAAAUCUCGAUCACUAUCAAAUGCGUGCAAUGGAACAUCCCUGCCGGCUGAUGGACCACGCGGGUCAUAUGCACGAGCACUAUCUGAAUCGUGGAUAUGAUCAUGGUUGUCAUUCUGUGGAACAUGUGCCGAGACUGAUUGAACAUAGGGGACAUGAGACUUAUCCGGGAAGACCAGCUCCUCACUGCGGUGAGCCUCCCAUGUGUCGAUCACUUGAUCAUGGAGUUAGGGCUAUAAAUUAUUCAUGUAGAUCGUUGGAUCACGCUCCUGGAAGGCCUCUACCAAUGGAUUCUGUCAUCUUUGCUCCACACUCACAUCCAACACCCAGAUUGCCUGCUGAAAGUCCGUAUCGGUUGAAUUGCCCUGUACACAGUCCGUUUCGAUUUAGGUUUCCCAAUGGUGAUUUUCACUCUCAUCAGGUAAGAUCCAAUUCUCUUUUGCAUGAUGUACCAGCACGUUUAAAAUUCUGAAAGAAAACCACUCUA